AUGAUGCCGGUGAUCGCCUCGAUCGUCAUGGAGAUAAGGCGGAAGUUGGUGAAUCUCGACGUUGACGACUUGGUGCACGAGGUGCACGGUCUACGUUACCGAGUGUUGCGUCUUGAAAUCAGCCGGAACUUUCUUGAAGAUUCCUCGACUUGUGGCAUCAAGGACUACUUCGGCGCCGCGUGGGAGGUUGAGCGUAAAGGCUAG